GUGGAGACAGACCGUCCUCCGGGACCAUAGAGAGAGGAAGCUCGGAGGAUAGAAGGGAAGCUGAUGCGGAAGUGAAGGACAGAGUGGAAGGUGACAGAAUGACACAAUGGAUGAUUGCAGCUCCUUCCUACUCCCUGACAGUAUCCUCUACCAGAUCUUUCUAAGCUUGGGCCCUGCAGACUUGCUCUCAGCCGGACUGGUGUGCCAACGCUGGUAUGCCGUGUCCCGCGAUGACUUUCUGUGGAAAGAGUUAUUUUUUAAGUUCUAUAAGGUGCAGAGACACAUUCAGCGAUACCCAGGUUCAGACUCUUGGUACAAGGAAUUCCAGCGUCUCAGUGAUACCGUGCCCUGCGUAGAGGUUCAGAGAUUAACUGAACACACUGAUCAGGUUCUGCAUAUCAGCUUCUCCCACACCGGAGACCUGUGCGCUUCUUGCUCCAAGGAUUGUACGGUCAAGAUAUGGAACACGACCCACCCCCUCUCCCUCCUGCACAGCGCCAACAUGAGGCCUCACCACUGGAGCUACACACAGUUCUCCCAGUUUAAUGCGGAUGACUCCCUCCUCCUGGUGUCAGGGGUCUUUGUGGGACCCCAUAACUCAUCUGCAGGAGAGAUUGCCGUCUUUAGCCUAGAUGGUUUUAAUCUGUUGUCAAGAGUAAGGAAUAAACCAUAUGAUGUGUUUGGCUGCUGGCUUAAUAAUACUCAUCUAAUUUCUGGGAACCUGCAUCGCAUGGGAAGGGUCACGUCCUGCUCCGUUUUGUGGCUGAACAAGGCCUUUCAGGAUGUGGAAUCGGAGAACCUCAAUGUAGUGAAGAGACUUUAUAAGAUCCAGAACUUGAAUGCCAGCACUAUCCGAAUGGUGAUGGUGGCUGACUGUCCGGAACUGCUGGCUGAGGCAGGAGACGAGGGGGUCGAGAGCCCAGAAUUUCACCCUCUGGAGUUUGAGAUGGAGGAAAGGGGAGAAGAGGAUGAAGAAAGAGAGGAGGAAGAUAGUGAUUUUGCUGGUGAACAACCCUCAUUGGCACGAGGUUUACUAGGGUUCUUUCCUGAGGAAGUCGGUGCCUUUGCAGAGCCACUCAGUGCCAGAGUGCAUGAGGAACAGUUUGAGACCAAAGUGGCUCAGUGGUACGCCAAGUACCGGACAAAGUGUCCUGAUAGAAACCUGUCUGCCACGGAAGGAAAUCAAACCAGGAAAUACCUCAUCUUUACAACUGGCUGUCUCACCUACUCCCCUCACCAAAUAGGGAUCAAACAGCUCCUCCCCCAUCAGAUGACUACCGAAGGGCCGGUGCUGGGCGAGGAACGCAGCCGCAAUGAAUUCUUUGAUUCUCUCGAUCACGUCAUCAACAUUCAUGGUCACAUCAUUGGCAUGGGCCUGUCCCCUGACCACAGGUACCUCUAUGUCAAUAGCCGAUCCUGGCCUCGUGACUGUGUGAUCUCGGACCCCAUGUGCCCACCUCCUAUUGCAGAGGAGAUUGAGUUGCGUGUCUUUGACCUAAAGACCCUACGUGAAGUUAAAGCUCCUCUACGUGCCCACCGUGCCUACACACCCAACAAUGAGUGCUUCUUUAUCUUUCUCGAUGUCAGCAGAGACUUUGUAGCCAGUGGAGCUGAGGAUCGCUGCGGCUACAUCUGGGAUCGCCAUUACAGUGUCUCCUUGGCAACACUGCCUCACGAGGACGUAGUGAACUCUGUGGCUUUCUGCCCAGUGGAUCAGGAGCUACUGCUCAGCGCCAGCGAUGACUACACCAUCAAGGUUUGGCGUUCCCGACGAUCUCUGCGCGCCUCCGCUGCAUACCGCUCCUCAUGUUCCCUAAAGUCAACUAUUCCAUGGGCUUCUAGACUCAAGAGUUGAGAGCCAAGUUUUGACCCUCCACGAGCCCAACGGAUGUCACGUCAGUCCUCCGACCACCGCUUCGAGCCACUUGGUUUCUUUUUUGCGUCUAAUAUGGCAGCAGCCAGGUGCUACGUGGAAUGAUCAUCUGUCCUCCAUCAGCUGGACCACAGAAUCUGGGUCAGAGAAUGUAUUACUUUGUGUUUCUAUUUAACAUUCUCGUACUCCAUUAAUGCCGCGUAAUGCAAGAGAAUUGAUGCCAGAAAGGAAGGCCUGAGCGGUAAUCCUGGUGAGACUUUAUUCAGUGUGCAAUUUAACUUGCUCCUCACAGUACAAGGUGAACCCUGCUAUCUAUACACCACAAGCUUUAACUUUUAAUUUAUUGGCACCGACACGGAGAGUGCACCAACGCAGAAUUAAACAAACCAUAACUUGACAGAUUUGCGGAGUAGAGAGAAUUUGUGACUUCAUUGUACAGUGCUGCAGAAUAUGUUGGCGAUUUAUAGAUAAUAUUGUAAUAAUUUCUUAGUUGGUAUCACAGUUAGCGUAAGGUAUAUUUAUUAUUUUUAAUCGAUCUGUUACCAUUCAUUAUUUUGCAGAUAUUUCGUGACUUUUACUGAUGGCAUUUUAGCACGUCAAUAUGUUUACCGAGUCAGGAUCAUUGGGGAAAUAAAGAGUUUUUUGUAGUGUAGACGAUGCAGAACUGAUGGGGGCCGCACUUUUUGGCUGUUAUGAUUGUAGUUGACACUGCGGUACCUACCUAUCCAUAGUUUGCUGCUGAGCUGCCAAGUUUAACCAAUCACCCUUUAAAUUUAUCAAGAUCAAGAUAUCUGAAACGCUUUGCCGUGGAGUAAACAGCCACCUUCCAAUAACCAGCCAAACCAUCGCUCCUUGUUUUAACUCUGUGAUGGGAGCAGAAAGAAGACGACGGGAAAAUGAAGCAAAUCUUGAUCAACAUUUAUGUUAACCUGUUCACCGGAACCCAGCUCGUGGCUUUGUAAACCAUUUACUUAUCCUUGCUCUAUAACUACAGGACUACAGUGGUUCUAGUCAUUGAUUAUUAAUUAAUGAUUAUUCAAUAAUUAAUUAUUAUUCAGAAGCGUUUUUAGAUCUAUCUACACUUGGGGGAAAUUCGAUCUGCAAUACAAGGUGGUUAUCACUAGGUGGGGAUAGAGUGCUACCCAGAACAUUGAUCGUAACUCUAAGGAACACAGUUCUAAAGAAAUAUUGAAUGUGUUCCCUUUAUGUUUAGAUUACAGGCCCCCUGUUUGUUUGUCUUUUACCAAUACUCCAGCAAUAAUCAGCUGAUCCAGCUCCAGUAAACUCACCAAUCCUGAUGUUUGUCCAAUCAGAUACUUCUCGUGGAGAAGUACCGAGGACACCUGCUGCCAAUCCAGAAGCAUGAAUCCAG